AUGGAUGGCCAUAAAGUGACCAUAAAAUAUAGGUCAUUGAAGUCAAACUUGGUUAAUUUGCCUUCUAACCUAAGUAACUUAUUAUUUAAUGCAAAUAUUAAGAUACAAGAUGUUAUACUCGAAAUAGUGCAAAGUAGUGGCAAAAAGUACUAUGCUGGAUGGUCUGGUAUGUCAUCUUCUACAAUUAGUACGUUAGAGGUAGACUCGAUAUUUGCACAAUCCCUUUCUUUACAAGAUAAUGAAGCUGUCACAUUGAAUUUAAAAAUCAGGAAUUUUGAGACCAGUCAAAUUUAUUUGGAACCACUCACCAGCUCUGACUGGGAGGUCGUUGAGUUGCAUGCGCAGGCGAUAGAAGAUAAACUCUUGUCGCAAACGAGAUGUGUCUCAUUGAAUCAGGUUUUGGUAGUAUACCCGACGCAAAGUACAUCAGCUAAGUUAAUUGUGACUGAUAUUGGUACUAAAACCCAUGACUACUGCAAGAUUUCUCCAUAUUGUGAAAUCGCAAUAGCUCCAAAGGUGCGAGUCAAAAAACCUAACGGAUCACUGAAGAUUGGUAAACCUGCCAAGUCAACUACAGAAGACUACGCAAAUAUGCCCUCGGUUUUGAAAAGAGGGAUAUCAUUGCCUCACGAACUAUUCAGUAAACUACCAGUAUCAGCAAAUCGUCAUGGCUUGGAAAUUUAUGCAAAUCCAAAAGUCCGGGGCUCUCUCGAUUCAGAAUUUGUCGCAGUAUCGGUGAUUCCUGGUCCAAAUAGUAGAACAAAUUCUGCACCCUUGCAGCUGCAGCCAACAGAUGAGAAGGACAGAGAAAAAGAAAAAGAAAAAGAAACGAAUUCUGUUGCCAUUAAAGAAAAUGCCAAAGUAAUUGCAAGAUUGGUUUUCGACAAGAGCUGUCAUACUGAGAUGGUAGGUUUGUCUUUGAAGUUAGCUCAAAGCUUGAAUGUCGAAGGUUCUGUGGGUACUAUUAUUGUCUUGAAACCAGCUGUUAAACGAAUGACAGGAAAGGUAAGUACUGUCAUUAUUCACCCUUAUAUUACUCAAACCAGGAAAGCAGGUCAAUUAAAUUUGAACUCAACUGAUCAGAAAAAGAGAAAAGAUGAAAUACAGAAGCAGUUGAUAAAAAAAUUGUUUGUCGGGAAGGAGGGAUUCUUAAAUAUUCCAGUAACGAAUUAUAUGAAAAUUGAAAGCAUCGCAGACAUAUUGCCUAAUGGGGGCUUAAUCAGGUUUAAAAAAAAUAGCGAUACAAAUGCAUGGACUACAUUUGAUGCAGACAGGAGGAUGCCUAGAGUUGAGUUAGGUGAAGAGUUACUUCGGUCUGCAUCUUUCUUGGAAAAGCGUACUCUAGAUGAUAUGGGGACUGAUGAAGCCAUAGGCUUGGAGAAAACUCUUGAUGACAUAAAGGAGUCGAUUUUCCUUACAAGUAACUCAGGAACUCUUGUUCACGGGAAUUCUGGGAGUGGUAAGUCAAUAGUGUUGAAAUUACUUGGUAAAAUGGUAUCGCAAUUUGGAUAUCAUACGAAGUAUGUAUCAUGCGAGUCUCUAAUGAAUGACGGCCUAAACACUCUGAUUGGUAAUUUUACAAAGUGGUUUCAAGAAUGUGCAUGGUACAAGCCUUCUCUACUUAUUUUAGACAAUUUGGAUAAGUUAUUGCCAGCUGAAUCUGAACAUAGUGAUACUUCGAACACGUUACAGAUGAGUGAGUUUUUUGUAGCGCAAAUUCAAAAGAUCAGCAACCAACAAAACAGUAAUGUAUCUAUCCUUGUUUCGUCUGAAUCAAAGGAAUCUUUAAACAAGUUACUUUUUCAGAGUCAUGUUAUUGAAAACAUUUUCCAUUUAAGAGCACCUGACAAGAACAUGAGAUCCAAGAUCAUACUGAGCUUUUUAACAGAUAGAUUAAAGAUGACCAUUAAUUUUGAUAUCUUAGAUCUUGUUUCUGAAACGGAGGGAUAUUUACCUAAUGAUUUAAAAACACUUUGUGAAAGAAUUUAUCAUGAGUCCUUAUUUAAUCAAGAAGAACUGGAAGGAAAACUUAUUAUCAAUAAGAGCACUUUUGAAAGUGCAAUUAAAGAUUUUGUGCCUUCUAAUUUGCGAGGGGUUAAACUUCAAGGUUCUUCUGUUAAUUGGUCUGAUAUAGGAGGAUUGAAGGAAGCCAAAAAUUUAUUGCUAGAAACUUUGGAAUGGCCGACGAGAUAUGGACCCGUUUUUGCAAAUUGUCCUUUGCGGUUACGGUCCGGAAUAUUGCUAUACGGCUAUCCAGGAUGUGGUAAGACGUUAUUGGCUAGUGCCGUUGCUGGUCAAUGUGGAUUGAACUUCAUUUCCAUCAAGGGCCCUGAGAUUUUGAACAAAUAUAUAGGUGCAUCCGAGCAGUCUGUUAGAGAAUUAUUUGAAAGAGCUCAAUCCGCAAAGCCUUGCAUAUUGUUUUUUGAUGAAUUUGACUCAAUUGCCCCCAAGAGAGGACACGAUUCUACAGGUGUUACUGACAGAGUUGUCAAUCAGAUGUUAACGCAGAUGGAUGGUGCAGAAGGAUUGGAUGGCGUUUAUGUGUUGGCAGCUACGAGUCGACCAGAUCUUAUUGAUUCUGCUUUGCUACGCCCUGGUCGAUUAGAUAAGAGUGUGAUUUGUGAUAUGCCAGAUUUCGAGAAUAGACUUGAUAUCUUGAGAUGUGUUACUUCCAAAAUGAAAUUACAAGAAGACGUGGAUCUAAGAGCGAUUGCAGAUAGGAGUGCGGGCUUUAGUGGUGCUGAUAUCCAGGGAUUGGGUUAUAACGCUUAUUUGAAAGCAGUACAUACUAAGCUAAACAGAGAUGAAGAAAUGGCAGUUAAGGGAAGUACCAACUCUAAAGAAAAGAGUAGUCAUCAGUUCUUUCAAGUGAAUUCUGACAAAUUAAAAAACCCACACUUGCUGUCCGCCGCAAAGAUAAAAAUCCUCCACCAAAUUGAACAACUUUUCAAAGAUGAAGAUGACGCAAAUAAUUUAUCGAAUCUGCAUUUGAUGGGUUCAUCACUGGAGAUAAUCAUAUCUCAAGUUGACUUUCUUGAGAGUUUAAAAGAAACAAAGCCGUCCAUUUCAGUAAAAGAGAAGCAGAAAUUAGACAAAGUUUACGGAGAAUUUGUUUCCCAAAGGGAUGGAAACAUGCCAGACGGUUCAGCCAGUAAUGAAAUAGGGGGUAGAACUACUCUUAUGUAG